AUGAACACGGGUUUGUCUAACAAUUUAUGCGUUCCCGGUGAUCGGCUUUUCCCUAUAGAAGAUGGCUACAGCGCGGGGAACGGAUGCUACGAGAUCUACGGCUACAUCCAUGCUGCUUUGGUGGGUAAGGUGAAAGUUUCUUCCCAAUCAAUGCCCGUAAGUCCUAAAUUUUCUUUCAAUUCUGUGAUUUAGAAUGGAAAAGAUGUGAAAUUGGUCGAGAUAUGUGGAGAAUUAGAUGAAACGAAAUACGUCGUCCCUCAACAAGGAUGUAUUGUUACAGCGCGGGUGGGGAAUAAACAUUUUGAUUUAUUUCGAAAUUUAGGUAGAAUCCGUUGGACUGAGGGCAGCAAAAUGUUCGAUCCUUUGCGUUGGCGACAGUCUCUUGUCUGAUGAGUUUAAUGCAGUUUUGAAAAAGGAGGAUAUCCGAGAGAUUGAUAAGGAUCGAGCAGCUCUCUGGAAGGCAGUUCAGCCUGGAGACCUCAUUUUAGCUAGAGUUAUUGGUGUAGGAGAUUUACAAACUCAGUUUCUGUUGAGUAUUGUCGAACCCGAGUUAGGAGUGGUAUACGCAGUGGGGCAGAAUGCAGAAAGGAUGAUGCCAGAAAACGCAGAGACCGUGAAACAUAUCCAUUCAGAAUAUCGAGAACCCAGAAAAGUUGCCGAUAUCAAGAAUUAA